UCACCUUCACCUUUUGUACUUGAUCAAAGUUUCUUAAUGGCAGCCUCUACCUUCACUUGCUUUUCACUCCUCUCCCUUCUUUUCCUAGCCACAACUUUCUCUUUAGCCACCUCGGCCCGGACCCUCAUUGAGGACCCAGAACCUGUGGCCCCUGUGGUUGCACCAGAAGCAGGUGAUGAUGUGACUCCCUUAGGCGCCAUCCCACCUAACCCAGCUUCUGGUGCUGGUGCUGGUGCUGGUGGUGCUGGUGCUGGUGGUGGUGCUGGUGCGGGUGCUGGUGUGGUGCCUGUGGUCGAAGGUCCUGAUCACACACUUACUUUCUUCAUGCACGAUAUUCUUGGUGGGUCGAAUCCCUCGGCUAAAGCCGUCACUGGAGCUGUGACUAACCCGGCUGUCAAUGGUCAAGUUCCGUUUGCAAAACCGAACGGUGCCAACCUCCCAGUGAACAAUGGAGUUCCACAAGACGACAACAACAAUGGGAUUAUCAACAACAACAACCUCCCAUUCCUCACCGGCUUAGGCGGGACCACCUCAAAUGUUUUUCAAAACAAUAACAAUAACAACAACAAUAACAAUAACAAUGUGUUUGCUGCAAUUAACGGUGGACAGUUACCUCAAGGUAACGCCUUACAACAGUUUAUGUUCGGGACAUUGACAGUGAUUGAUGACGAGUUAACCGAAGGACAUGAACUGGGGUCCGGUUUGAUAGGGAAGGCUCAAGGGUUCUAUGUAUCGAGCUCGAUAGAUGGUAAGAGUCAGACAAUGGCAUUCACUGUGAUGUUUAUGCAUGGGAGUUAUAUUGAUAGUUUGAGUUUUAUGGGGGUUCACCGUAGCGCGGUGGCAGAGUCGCAGCUGGCGGUGAUGGGUGGCACCGGAAAGUAUGUGAAUGCUAAGGGACAUGCUGUGGUGAAGACAUUCCAGGGUACAGACCAGCAGAACAAUGAUGGUACAGAGACACUACUUCAUUUCACUGUGUAUCUUGCUUAAUAGUUUGUGGGGUUGGUUUGUAAUUGUAUCAUCUUUUUUUUAUGUUUAUGUAAUUUUUAUGAGAAAUUUGUGUGCAGAAUAUGAAAAGUGUCAAGAGUUUAUGUCAUUUUGUAAUUUUUUUUUGUAAUGUUUAAUUGUUUAUGUCA